AUCCAUCCAUCCAUCCAUCCAGGAGCAGCAGCCCCCUAGGAAUCAUCGACAGUCACGAAACCCUCUGCCUGUCACAUUAGUCAUUAACCUUUCAGUAUCUCGACGAGUCCGUCGCAUUUCCCCUUCUUUAAGAAAGAGAAUAUCUCCCUUCUCCCCCGCAUUCACCAACCCCAUUUCUUUCAUUCGCCUCUUUACUCUCUGUCUACCAUGGACGCCUCUACUCUUUCACGCAUAGGCCUAGCAGGUCUAGCCGUGAUGGGUCAAAACUUAGCCCUAAACAUUGCCGAAAAAGGUUUUCCAAUCUCAGUCUAUAACCGAACAACUUCCAAAGUCGACGAAACUCUUAUCCGUGCUCAAUCCGAAGGCCCAUUCUCCCUAACUGGUCACUACUCUCCUCGUGAUUUUGUUCUCUCAAUCCAAAGGCCUAGAUCCAUCAUCAUCUUGGUCAAAGCUGGAAACCCAGUUGACCAAACGAUCUCUGCUCUGACCGAGUUCAUGGAGCCUGGUGACACUAUCAUCGAUGGUGGGAAUGAGUGGUACCAGAAUACUGAGAGGAGAAUUCAACAGGUGGCAGAUAAAGGGAUUCUUUAUUUGGGCAUGGGGGUUUCCGGUGGCGAAGAAGGUGCAAGACACGGGCCUUCGUUGAUGCCUGGUGGUUCUUUUGAGGCGUAUAAGAAUAUUGAGUCUGUCUUGAAGAGUGUUGCAGCUCAAGUUGAUGACGGUCCUUGUGUUACUUAUAUUGGCGAAGGGGGUUCUGGAAAUUUUGUUAAAAUGGUUCAUAAUGGGAUUGAGUAUGGAGAUAUGCAGUUGAUAUCGGAAGCUUAUGAUGUUUUGAAGAAUGUUGGUGGGCUUUCGAAUAGCGAACUGGCGGAAAUUUUUGGGGAGUGGAAUAGAGGGGAGUUGGAGAGUUUCUUGAUUGAGAUUACGAGUGAUAUUUUUAAGGUCAAGGAUAAUUUGGUUGAUGGGGAUUUGGUUGAUAAGAUAUUGGAUAAGACUGGAAUGAAAGGGACAGGGAAAUGGACUGUUCAGCAAGCUGCUGAAUUGUCUGUUGCUGCACCGACGAUUGCUGCUUCGUUGGAUUGUAGAUAUUUGAGUGGUUUGAAAGAGGAGAGGGAGAGUGCGGCGGAGAUUUUGAAGGAAGCUGGGUUGGAGGAGGAAGUGGGGAGUGUUAAGAGUGGGGUUGAUAAGAAGAGGUUGAUUGAUGAUGUGAGGAAAGCAUUGUAUGCAUCCAAGAUUUGUAGUUAUGCUCAAGGGAUGAACUUGUUGAGGGCUAAGAGUGUUGAGAAAGGUUGGGAUUUGGAUUUUGGUGAGCUAGCUAGGAUUUGGAAAGGUGGGUGCAUUAUUAGGGCUGUGUUUUUGGAUAGGAUUAAAAAGGCUUACCAGAGGAAUCCUAACUUGGCAAGUUUAGUUGUCGACCCGGAGUUUGCCAGGGAGAUGGUGCAGAGGCAGGCGGCUUGGAGGAGAGUUGUGGGGUUGGCGAUUUCAGCUGGAAUUAGCACUCCGGGAAUGUGUGCCAGUCUUGCUUAUUUUGAUACUUAUAGGCGUGCUAGGCUGCCAGCAAAUCUUGUUCAGGCUCAGAGAGACUUGUUUGGGGCCCAUACUUAUGAGAGGACUGAUCGUCCAGGGGCAUUUCAUACUGAGUGGACAAAACUUGCUCGCAAGAGCAGUGCUGGUGCUUUCAGUUAAGCCUGUUCAUGGGUUGAUCGGCUGUUUGUUUGUUUCAAUUGGCUGUUGGUAAUGUUUCUCUUUGAGCUGUAGUACUUGUAUGUUUCCUUGAGAGGAUUCGUUGCUGUUAUUGGUUAGCCUCACAGAAUUUGCUGUUAAUAAGAAACGCAUGCCUCUUGAGUACA